AUGCCCACACCCAAUACCUCUGCCCCCCUGCCCGCUUUCUGGGUCAAUGCGUCUGGAGGCAGCGUGCUGAGUGCUGAUGAUGCAACGAUGCCUGUUGGAUUCCUAGCCCUGAGGGUCAUGGUUGCCCUGGCCUAUGGGCUUGUGGGGGCCGUCGGCUUACUGGGAAAUUUGGCUGUGCUGUGGGUGCUGGGUAACUGCGCUCGGAGAGCCCCUUGCCCACCUUCUGACACUUUUGUCUUCAAUCUGGCUCUGGCAGACCUGGGGCUGGCACUCACUCUUCCCUUCUGGGCAGCUGAGUCGGCGCUGGACUUCCACUGGCCCUUCGGAGGUGCCCUCUGCAAGAUGAUCCUGACAGCCACCGUCCUCAACAUCUAUGCCAGCAUCUUCCUCAUCACGGCGCUGAGUGUUGCCCGAUACUGGGUGGUGGCCAUGGCUGGGGGACCAGGUACCCACCUCUCGCUCUUCUGGGCCCGUGUGGCCACCCUGGCAGUGUGGGUAGCAGCUGCCCUGGUGACGGUGCCCACGGCUGUCUUUGGGGCUGAGGGCGAGUUGUGUGGCGUGCGGUUGUGUCUGCUGCGCUUUCCCAGCAGGUAUUGGCUGGGGGCCUACCAGCUGCAGAGGGUGGUCCUGGCCUUUAUGGUGCCACUGGGCAUCAUCACCACCAGCUACCUGCUGCUGCUGGCCUUCCUGCGACGGCGGCGACAGCGACGGCAGGACAACAGGGUUGUGGCCCGCUCCAUCCGCAUCCUUCUGGCUUCCUUCUUCCUCUGCUGGUUCCCCAACCAUGUGGUCACUUUCUGGGGUGUCCUGGUGAAGUUUGACUUGGUGCCCUGGGACAGCACUUUCUACACCAUCCAUACCUAUGUCUUCCCUGUCACCACCUGCCUGGCACACAGCAACAGCUGCCUCAACCCUGUGCUGUACUGCCUCCUAAGGCGGGAGCCCCGGCGGGCCCUGGAAGUCACCUUCAGGGACCUGAGAGCAAGGCUGUGGCCGCAGGGCCGGGGCUGGGUGGAACAGGUGGCCCUAAAGGAAGUGGGCAGGCGGUGGGAGGAGAUCACCCCUAGGGAUGGUGGCCCUUCUGCCAUGCCCACCAACCGGGACAAAGGGACAGCUGGGUGA